AGUGAGUGAAUGAAAUGACGAACAAGUAAUAAUAAAAUUGUAAUGGCGAUGCCAUCGGUCGUCGGUGCGGAUUCGAGUCAUUUUUAUUUUAUUCAGCGGCUGCAAUUGAGUUUCUUAAAAGUAGCGUAGACAAAAUAAAAUUGGUAUUUAAUAGCGCCCUGGAUUUUCAAGUUAUCCUGUUGAAGUUUCGAAUACUUGGAUACAUAAUACUAGUGAAUAGUUGCGAAGUAGCAAUGGACAAAUUGUUGCAUAUGUGAAGUGAAUAAAGGAUUAUUAGAGUCGUGGAGUGAUCGGUGUGCAAUAUACAAACUGCCGGUUAUUUGUUGUGAUGAUUUUAAUUGAUUUAUUUUACGCAAAUGUACUGUGUUGUUAUAAAUCAUAACCUCAAUCGUGUAUCAUUGUGAAUACGUCGAACAGUUUUCCAUCGCCUGGUGCGAGGUGUAAUAGACGAGUUCAUUUUAUUCGUUAUAUAUGAUUCAACGGGAGUAUCAAAUGAACAACGGGUUUAGUACAGGAGAAGAAGAUUCUAGAGGUAAUUCUGACCAAAUAUGUUGCCUUAUGGAUGACGGCGAUAGCUGCAGGCGACCCGCAGGCAACGCCUCGUACAGCAAGCGCAUACAAAAGACUGUCGCCCAAAGAAGGCUCAAACUUAACAUUGACCCUCAAGCCAGGCAUACUUACAUUUGUGAUUAUCAUAAAACAAUGAUACAGUGUGCAAGGACGAAACAAAGGAGGCCCAAGGACUCUGAGGAUGACAGCAAUGAGGCUGAGAUGGAUUCCCCUGAGGUAGACUGGUUCCAAUUACAAGUCAAUACUCUGAGGAGAUACAAAAGACACUAUAAGGUGCCAACAAGGCCAGGAUUGAACAAAGCUCAACUAGCUGAUGCUAUCCAAAAACAUUUCAAGUCAUUACCUGUGAAUGAAAAGGAAAUUAUGACUUACUUUAUUUAUAUGGUGAAGACGAAUGGCAACAAGUUAGACCAGAAAAAUGGGAUGAACUCUGACUCAGUGUAGAAUAAUAUAUGACUGUAAUUUAUAGUUGAAGUGUGUAGUUUUAAUGUAGCAUAUUAAGUAGAUGUAAAAUUAGAUUUGAUUUUAUUUUCAUCUUAAAUUUUCAAUCUGCAUUCUACAGUAAAAGCAUAGAAAUAUAGAUUGAGAAUCAGUUACAAAGAUAAUUGAAGUAUAUUACUUCAUGCCAAAUUGUAAACUUGCUAAAUUCUUUAAUGAUUUUGACUGAGUGAAUGUUUAUAAUGUAUUUUAUAUAUUAUUCCACACCAUUCGUGCCCACUUGCAUCCACAUGAACUACUCUAUUUAUUUUUCUAGUGUAGUUAGAUAAUAUUCUUCUGUAUUAUACUUUUAUCCUUUCAGUGUCAAAUGUUAUGAUUGUUUAUUGAUGAGGGACAUGCAAUGGCUAAUAUAAUACUGUUAAGAGAGAUUAUAAUAACAAGAAGUUUUUAAAAUGUAAAUUUAUUACAUUUUAUUUAACAAG